GAUGUAUACUAUCUCUAGCUUGACCCGUGCACGGAUCUCGAUGGAGCUGCAGCUGAAGUUGUAAUUUGGGAUCGCAAUCUAAGAUAAAGUUGGAGGUCUGUGUUUUUCUAAGCUAUGCAUUUUCAGGAGUGGUUAGGGUCACUUCGCUCCAGCUCGGGACUCAAAGGCUCUGAAGCGGACGACUUCUGGAGACUUCUGCCAUCUCUGCCUCUGUCCUCCUUAUCUCUGUCCUCGCUGUCUCUGUCCCCCUCCUCUCUGCUGGGCCUGGGAGCGCUGGCCUCCCUCACUGCGUACUGGCUGGUGACCCGUCCUCGACCCAUGCGUCCCCCGUGCGAUCUCCAAGCCCAGUCCGUAGCUGUGAAUGGAGAUCCCAGCUGCAGGAGAUCGGCUCUUCUUAAAGAUGACUCCCUGCUGGAGUUUUACUACGAUGACACCAGGACGUAUUACGACAUGUUCCAGAGAGGCCUGAAGAUCUCAGGAAAUGGUGCGUGCCUUGGCUCCAGGAAACCGGGUCAGCCCUACCAGUGGAUCUCCUACACUGAGGUGGCUGAGCGGGCGCAGGUGCUGGGCUCUGGGCUGUUGGCUAAAGGCUGUCAGCCGAACCCGCAGCAGUUUGUCGGGUUAUUUGCACAAAACAGGCCAGAGUGGAUCAUCACAGAGCUGGCCUGCUACACUUACUCCAUGGCGGUGGUGCCUCUGUAUGACACACUGGGGCUGGAGGCCAUGGUCCACAUACUCACCCUGGCCGAGAUCUCCCUGGUGAUCUGUGACAGCGAGGAGAAGGCAGCCGCUCUGUUAGAGAACAAGGAGCAAGGCGUGACUCCCAAGCUCGCCUGCCUGGUCCUCUUUAACAGUUUCAGCGAGGCCUUCGUAGAGCGGGCGAAGGCCUGCGAGGUGGAGGUUUUGAAACUGGAGCAGCUCAUGGAGCUGGGAAGGCAGAACCUCAAAGAUCCUGUGCCGCCCCAGCCCCAGGAUCUGGCCGUGGUUUGCUUCACCAGUGGAACCACAGGGAAGCCCAAGGGAGCCAUGAUCACCCACGGCAACAUCGCCUCCAACACUUCCUCUGUCAUUAAGAUCCUGGAGGGUUCGUUUGUGAUCCAGCAGGAGGAUGUGUCGAUCUCGUACCUGCCGCUUGCCCACAUGUUUGAGAGGAUGAUUCAGGUCUCUAUGUUCUGCCACGGGGCCAGAGUAGGAUUCUACCAGGGGGACAUUUCUCUCCUCAUGGACGACAUUAAAACUCUUAAACCCACCUUCUUUCCUGUCGUGCCUCGAUUACUCAACCGCAUCUAUGACAAGAUCCUGGGCUCAGUGACCUCUCCGCUGCGACGGGCUUUGCUUCACUACGCCGUGAGGAGGAAGCAGGCGGAGCUGAGCAGCGGGGUUGUACGUAACAACAGUCUGUGGGACAAACUGGUGUUCAACAGGAUCCAGGCCAAUUUAGGAGGAAAUCUGCGGUUUGCCCUGACGGCUUCAGCACCCAUCUCCCCCACAGUGCUCUCCUUCCUCAGGGCCACUCUGGGCUGCCUGAUAUUUGAGGGCUAUGGUCAGACAGAGUGCACCGCAGGCUGCACCUUCUCUAUGCCGGGGGACUGGACCGCAGGUCACGUUGGAGCUCCUUUACCCUGCGCCAUGGUGAAGGUGGUGGACAUCCCCGACAUGAAAUACUACGCUAAGAACGGAGAAGGAGAGAUCUGCAUCCGCGGUCCCAGUGUGUUCCGAGGCUACCUGAGGGAUCCAGAGAGGACGGCUGAGGCCUUGGACACCGACGGCUGGCUGCACAGUGGGGAUGUGGGCCAGUGGCUUCCAAACGGGACGCUACGCAUCGUCGACAGAAAGAAGCACAUCUUCAAGUUGUCCCAGGGAGAAUACAUCGCUCCAGAAAAGAUAGAAAACGUCUACAUGCGCUGUGUUCCUGUGCUCCAGGUGUUUGUGCACGGAGAUAGUUUACAGUCUUAUCUCAUAGGCAUAGUUGUGCCUGACGUGGAGGUGUUUGUUGACUGGGCUAAAGAGCGGGGAUGUGUGGGGUCCUACGAGGAGCUCUGCCAGAAUCCUGACGUGAAGAAGGCAGUAUUAGAGGACAUGAAAGCUGUGGGAAAGGAAGCAGGGCUGAAGUCCUUUGAACAAGUGAAAGACCUUCACUUGCAUCCGGAGACGUUCAGCGUCGCCAACGGCCUCCUCACACCCACCCUGAAAAGUAGACGUGCCGACAUCCGCAGAGUCUUUGAGGAACAGAUAUCGAGCAUGUACAGCAAGACGGCCUUUUAAUUACAGGACUCUACUCAGUAAUUCACACACAACAGCCAGGAGUAACUGGUUUCCAAUAAGGGGGGGUGGGAGUAGAACAUUAAAUGUCCAGCAGUGCCUCGUCUGAAAUUUAAAAAUGGAAAUAUGCUGUUUUUCUUUUUAUUGAGUUUUAUAUCCACCACCCGUGUCCACAUCCUGCACAUGUGUAAUGUAUUAACUCUUUACAUGGAAAAUAAGACUUAUUUUUAUUUUACAUUCCUGUCUCACUUGCGUAAAUUAUUGUGUAGUUGUAGAGCGGAGAAUCUCAAAAGUUACUAGAUAAAGCAAACUGCAGAGACAACUACAUUUUGCUGCUGUGUUCUUUUCCCAGACAAAGGUUUUUCUUAAGGGACACUGUACUUGUGAGGCUGUUAGAACUUGCAUUAAUUGUAGGUCUGUAUUUUAAGGUCAAUGGUUCACCAUCAUAAAAGCUUUUCCAUGAACAUCCUUGAUUUUAGCUCGUGCAUUUUUCUAAUUGGAGAUAUUUAUAAACCAGUGGUAGCCUGUAAUCCUUCACCUGAAGAUAAAUCAUUUCAACUAAUGAUGGUUUCAAGCAGCAAUGACUUGUAUAAUAAAAUGACUGUACUGUAAAUACUUCUCAUGUUGACAAAUGUCAACAGGACACUACUGACUAAUUCCUGUAAAGCGAAACCGAACAGAAAUAAAGUUUAGAAACUGA